GCCACGCCCACUGCCCCGCUCCUCCUCCGCGACAUGAAACUUUGGAAGUGUGACUUUCACAUGUUACUGUCAUUUACAGCUGCAUCCUCACUUACUUAGAUAUAUUUGAAACUGAACCGGCGUCCGUCUCAAUCUCAAGCCAAGGGUGAUGUCCGGAUACCAGGGCCUCCUCCCCCUGGCCCUGCUGGGUCUCUGGCUGUGUCACAUCUCCCUGGCCAAGAACGACGCCCCCUGCCAGCGCUCCAGGUGGAACAAUGCCUACGACACCUUCCUUCGCCGCCACGUCCCGUCGGGAACACCCAGCGGCAACGACCAGAACGCCUGGAAGGAGUACAUCUCCUCCAAGGGCUGCGACCGGCCAACCCAGUCCUUCCUGGACCCCGGGGACCUGGAGCGGGUGAAGGCAGUGUGCAGCGACCGGGGCGGCCAGCAGCUCAAAGAGAACCUGUGCAUCAGCCGCGAGCGCUUCUCCUUCGUCACUGUGCGCAGCGAGCCCAAAACCUGUGGGAUCCGCACCAUCAUGAGGGAGAGCAAGCACCUGAUCCUGGCCUGUGAGGCGCUGGAGAACCAUUGUCUGCCCGUCCACUUUGAGGGCAACUGGCAGGACCUGAAACCUGAUAACAACGCCAGGGGCUGCCAAGGGGGGAAAAAUGCUGCGGGUGCAGCAGCUGGCUCGAGAAUCAGCUGGCUCUGGUUGUUGAUGUCGUCUGGCCUUCUUCUGCUUACCUCCAGUCAGUAGUUCCCUUUGGACAGCAGGUGCUGACAUGAUUCAUGGUACUUUUGUUUUAUAUGUUUUGAAAGACAAAUAUUUUGGUAAAAUUUAGCGUUUACUUUUGUAUUUCUGAUGUGAGUGUGUGAAGGGUUCCGGUCUGUGUAUUUCACUCAGCAUUAUUGUUGCAUCCAAUAAUAUUUUCCCCAGCAUGGAAUGAGAUAGGAUUAUACUAUAAAACAUGUUUCAACUGCAUUCCUGUAAAAAACAGUUGGGGACAAUAACCCUUACUUGAUAUGGUGGUAUUUAAGUGACAGGUCUCUCUCCUUGGCACGGCUGCACAGCCAACCUGAAACAAGAGGCACCUUUUGAGCAGCUUUCUCCUCUGGGAUUUGGCUGAGCUGGAAAUGUCCAGUUUGGAAUGUUGUAGUUUCCUUUUUCUAGGCUUCAGGUUGAACUGAUUUGUCAAAUCUUCAAAUGUGGGAUUAAAUAGGCUAAAAUUGUUUAACCUCACAGAGCCCUUUCUUUAUUCAAUGUGUUAUAUUUUUUAUUAAAAAAAAUACAAACAUU